AUGAGCAAUGAAAGUUACGGCUCAUGGUCGUUUCGAGGCAGCGGCUUUUCAGGUGACGCUUCAUUGCAAAUGUACGUGAUGGAAAGCACAUCGCCACGGUCGUCCAAGUCGGACCCUCCGUCGUUGGAGUUGCACUAG